CGCGAAGGGAAGCGUGUGGCAGUGUUGCCUCGGCGCUGCGAGGGAGCUGUGGUUGGUGCGUGGUGGCCUCGGAGCGUCCUAGUUAUAAAGCGGGUGGGACGCCGCGGUCUGCAGGGCAGGCAGUCGCGUUGGGGCUGUGUCAGCAAGAAGGGGUCGUGAAACCGGUACUGUGUCAGGGACACAAUGAGUAGAAAGAAGGACGCGGUGGAUGGCAGUAGUGAAGAGCUUACAAGAAGAAAACUGAAAGCUAUAAGGCAGUGUCUUAAGAUACUAGAAGAGGACUUAACAGAACAAAGUCACAGAAGAAGUGAUUUGUGUCAUACAUUAAACAAUACGGGUGUGAAAGAUAUCAGUGAUGGGGUGAAGGAUGAAGAGACUGAUUUUUCUGGUUCUUCUUCUACAGAAACCAAAAUGGAUGUUAAACUUGGAUUGAGUGGUAGCAGCUCAGAAGAUCUAGCAAGGCCCUCCAGUUCCAACACCGAAGAAAAAAAUGUUCAGUGCCUGAUUUCCUCAAAUAGUGGGCUAAAUUGUAAACCAGGUGUAGCUCCAUCAGCAGACAAGGAAAACAAAACUCUGGAAGGCAUUGAUGAAGCUUUGUGGAUAGGUAUUUGUAAUCUCAGCCACUUACAAGAUGCAGACGAGAUGCUGAAAUGCUUCGAAUUGAAAGUGAAGCAGGAAGGAGACAAAGUUGCAGAAACUGCAGAUAGAAAAUUUGAUGAGCUUGUAACUUCUCUACUGUCAAGGAAAAGGAAACUGUGUGCAGAAUUAGUGAAGAGCAUCAACAACUACAGUGCUGAUGUUGCAAAAGCUAAGCAAUUAAUUGAAGAGAAGAAAAAAGGCUUGAUUGGUGCCAUUAGGAUAGCAAGGGAGUUAAAAAUUACACCUUCCGUAAGAACCUACUGCGAUCUGGCUCAGGUUAUUCAUGAUUUGAAGUUGCCAGUUGAUGCUGAGCUCUCAAGAGUGAGUAGUUUGAAGGAAAAAACAUCUCCAAGAUUUCUCCUGAACACUGAAGAGAUUACAUCUUUUUUAAAGAAUCUGGGGAAGAUUGAAUGGGGAGCAUCAGGAUAUGAAGAUAAUGGACAGCAUGCUUUUAGCCCUGGUGACAAAAAAGAAAUGUCAAGUUGUGAUACUCAGCUCUCUGUAGACAAUAUGAUUCCACCACCGUGCAGAGAAAGUAAAAUAAAGGCUCAGGCAAAUAAACCUGGUGUUCACAAAGCAGUGAAAAAUGUGCAAGUACAAGAAUCACUUGCUGUGGUACCUCAUCAGAACAUUCCUGCUCUACCCAAGUGUCUGUCCAGCCCGGAUGUCAUCAUAGAAGAAAUAGUUGAAGAUGACCUGGAAAAGCUUCCCCGAGAACACCACAAUGAACAGAGGAAGAAACUUUCCACGAAGAAAACACAUUCUGAACACAAAGCUGGUUCAACAGAACUAGUGUUUGUAAGCCAUGUUGUAAAUCCAUGCCACUUCUAUAUUCGUCGAUACUCGCAGAAGAAAGAAUGUAUUUUUUUGGAGGAGAAAUUGAAUAACUUCUGUUGUAGUAAAAGUUCCUAUCUCUUGCCUUCAGAUGUUUUGGAACUAGGCGUUCAAAUUUUUAUUAAGAGUAAGGAAACUGGAAUGUGGUGCCGUGGAACUAUCACUAAACUAAUCCCUGUAAAAAGUAAAAAAGAGAAACCUUCUGAUCCAAUAAGAUACAGAGUUUGUGAUGUGGCAGUGAUGGAAGUAUUCCUGAUUGAUUUGGGGAGUUCAGAAGCUUUAGUUUUCUCAAGGUAUGAUGGUGCUGAACGGCCUGAACCUGCUCCUUUGCAAACUAUUGAACCUGAUGACGUUUGCUUGUUUGUAAGGAAGCCAGAUGAGAAUAUUGAGGCAGAACUUGCAGCUGUUCCUCCUUUAGCAGUCCAGUGUUCGUUGAAAGAUAUUGUUCCCAAAAAUGCAAGUGAAGGUUGGGGAGAGGAAGCAAAGACAAAAUUUUUAGGAAUGGUAAAUAAUAAAGUUGUUUUAAUGACCAUAUUUAGAGAAGAGGAUGGCGUUCUCAUUGUGGAUUUGAAAAAACCUCCAUAUAAUAAAAUAAGCAAUGACAUGCCUGCAUCUCUCAAGGAUGCGUUAGUUUUUUUAGACUUGGCAAGGUUUAAGUCACAUCUUCCUUAUCACUUAGAAAACAAUACAGUCUUGCAGUAUAAACCACCUAAGAUACCAGAAGAAAAAGAAGUCUUUGUUGUAGUUUGUCACAUAAAUAGUCCGAGUGAUUUCUAUCUGCAAUUGGUAGAUAGCCUGGAUACUUCAGCUUUCCCAAAGAAAAAUAGAGAGAGAGACAAACAUCAGGAUAGCAAAGACUUGCAAAUUGUCUGCCCAGUUGAAGGCCAACCCUGUAUUGCAAAACACAAAGAUGGGAAUUGGUACAGAGCACAAAUUACAGGGCUGCCACAUUCACAAGAAGUUGUGGUCAAAUAUGUUGACUUUGGCAGCAUUGCUAAUGUAACUCUUAAAGACAUACGCAAAGCAGAAGAUGAGAUUUUCAGCUUUCCAGAAAAGGCAAUCAAGUGUAGGCUGGCUUACAUUGAGCCUUACAAAGCAGCAGAUGAGUGGAACAGAGAAGCCACAAGAAGAUUUGAAGAAAUGACUGAAGAUAAAUUUAUGGUGUGUUCAAUUGUUGAGGUUUUGAAGAACAACAUUUUAUCUGUUAAACUCUUUGACUCCCACGAUCCUCAUGGAAGAGACUCCAGUAUUAACUGCCACCUGGUUAAAGAGGACCUUGCAUCCUACAUACCUGGAUACGUUGAAAGUACUUCUGUAAGGCCCAAUGAAAUAUGGGAUGUUCCUGUAGAAGAAACUGCUGAAAACUUGAAAGAUUUAAAUCCUAUAAACACGAGACCACUGGAGGAAGAAUGGGAUUUCAGAUCGCUUUCUAAGAAAGAGCUGCAAGUGAGAAUUAGCCAUGUGGUGUCUCCCAGUAAAAUCUUCAUACAAUGGCUGUCAUCGGAAAGUAUACUGAAAAGUUUACAGGAGAAGAUGGCUGCCUUCUACAAAGAAUCGCAGCCACAGUCAGUGAAGUGGGAGUGUAAUAUGCACUGUGCUGUGUAUGUACACGAUUUGAAACAGUGGCAAAGAGGUCAGAUAAGCAGGAUUGUCUCUGAAACAACUGCAGAGGUAAUACUCUAUGAUUCUGGAGCUGAAAAAAUAGUUGAUAUCAGCUGUCUAAGAAAACUUGAGGAAGACAUGAAGAGAAUUAGGACAUUAGCAAUUGAAUGCUCCUUAGUAGACAUAAGUCCAACAGGUGGAAGCACGCAGUGGACAGCAACAGUGUGCGACUGUAUAUCCUAUUACCUGACCGGGGCACAAGCAAAAAUAAUCAUACAGGAAAGUGACACGGCUUGUGCGUUGCCUGUGAAAAUUUUUUGCAAGGAUGAAGCAGGACAAUUAAUUGAUAUUUCAGAACACCUUAUUAAAAAGGGUUUGGUCUUUAGAAACACAAGAACUCUCAAAGCUGCUGUGGCUUGUGCAGUCCCCGAGAAACAUCCUGACGUAUGUUUAGAAGAAGAGAACCCACAACUGAACGGUUGCAAUUCAGAAACUGCAUGCAUAAGAAGCAGUGCUGCUCAAGAGAAAGAUGGGGAUGUUUCAGAGAACGAACAGAAGCCAUGUAAAAUGUACAAGUCGCUGGUUCAUUUGGAAAUGCAUGAAAUAUAUAAAGCCCCCAUCAUACCUGAAGCAAAAAUUUUUCAAGCUAUAGUGAGUUGCAUUGGACAUGAUGGAACUAUUUAUAUGAUACCAAAAUCAUUCGAAAGUAAACUAAACGAAUUGAUGAGUGAAAUACAAAGUAACUUCAAAUGCCUUGGUCUUCUGGAACCCUAUUGUUGGAAAAAAGGAGAAGCUUGUGUUAUAAGAGGGUCAGAUACCCUUUGGUAUCGAGGUAAAGUUGUAGAACUCGGUGGUGGUACCCUCCAGGUACAGUACAUCGACCAUGGUUGUAUAGAGAAGGUCCCUCAGUGUCACCUGUAUCCAACUACGUUGUAUACUGAUACUCCUCCAUUUUGCAUACCAUGUCAGCUCUACAAGACAGUACCAAUUGGAAACUUUUGGCAGCAGGAUGCAGUGCACAUCCUUCAAGAACUACUUACAAACGAAGAGGUUGAAAUACAUGUUCAGGAGCUACCAGAUAACCCAUGGGGCAAGCUGUCCAUCAGCCUGUAUUUCGAUGGAAUGUCACUUUCCUCCUUCAUGGCCUACCAGCAGUACUGCGUCGCUAAAGAUUGUCAGGACGUACCAAAGCAGGAGCUGCUUGAAGGAAUUGUUCAUGUUUCGCCUUCAUACACGCUGCCACCACUGCCUGUUCCAGGAGAUAUCUUUCCUGUCAGAGUUACCCAUUUUGUGUCCCCUAAGGAGGUAUAUAUUUGUCUUAAUCCUUCUGAGAAUGUUACCAAGCUGUCUGCCACAGAGGGAGAUGCUAGCUGCAACUUGGACAGCCUCAACGAAGCCCUGAAAUGGUACAAUAAAAACGUGGAUUCUCUUCCUCUUCUGACAAACUUCAGAACAGAAAUGCCUUGCCUUGUAGAAUACAAAGAUGGUUUGUGGUAUAGAGCGAAGCUCCUCUCUGUUGAAGAAUUCAACCCUGUUAAGAUCCUGAUUCAAUUCGUUGACUAUGGCAAUUUUUUAGUUGUUCCAACAAGCAAGUUGCGCCACAUACCUUAUCACCUGCUGCAGUAUCCCAUUCAGGCAGUGCGAGCUCUGCUGGCUGGAUUUAAACCUCCGUUAAGUGAUACAAAUGCAAAAAGAAUUCCUUAUUGUCCAGAGUGGAGCGUGGAAGCAUUAUGGGCUAUGAUGGACUGCACUGAAGGAAAACAGCUCUCUGCUUCUGUACUUGCUUCUUCACCAGAGGUCACCAUUUUCUUGUAUGAAGAUGACCAAAAACUAGUUCAUAUGAAACUGAUUGAGAUGGGACUUGCAGAUUUGGAUGAGUGACAUCAUUUGUUCUCAACGUCCUGUGCCAGUGGUUCUCAUACCGAGCUCUGUAACUUUCGGAUGUCCAUCCCUCUGAACACAGAAUACUUGAAAUGAAAAGCUUUACACCAUGUGGUGUCUACAGAGAAUACUGAAGACUGGUUUGGGUUUUGGUUUUUCAAAUUCCUUAACCAACUUGACGUUAUGUAGUUCUUUUCCCUCCCAUUUAAUAAGCCCUCUCCUAAUCUGCGUUUAUGGAUUUUCCUUACAAUUUUGACUCUUGAUUGAGAUGUAAAUAGAUAGCUUCACUGUCUGUCUAUUCCCAUACAGCCUUAAGUGGUGUUUUGUGGUAAUUCCUUCAUAAGAGUAGCUGGAAUGAACGUGUAGUAGUGAAGAAAUAGAUAAAGAAAUAAUGUUGAGUACACUUGUUCUAGUGUCUUGUUAGAAGGCUUGAAGGGAAGAUGAUAGUUCUAUUACUGUGAUGUAACUCUUGUUCGUAUUUCAGGCAUAUUUGGUGACAGUUCUCUGGUACCAGUCUGCAAUCAGGAAUGAACAGCAGGGAGGUGGGGAAUGUUACUGGUUUUGUUCUGAAACACAUUUGCAUUGUUGCUGUGUUUUGCUUUCAGUAGUGAGAUGGAUGGCUUGGGUGUCCUUGCACCUCCUUCCUACUCCUGGUGCUGUAGUGUUCAACUCAAAGUGUUAGAAUAAACAGGAGCCUGCUCAGCAUA